AUGAAUCCGCUUUUAAGGCGGACUGUCUUUUCAUCAACAUUCUUUAAAUGCAAUUAUAAAUAUCGACUUUCACCUAUAACAAAUAGUCCAUUGAGAGCAUUUUCAAAAUCAUCAAUUUUGCUGAAAUUCCAUCAUGCUUAUAAUCAUGCUAAUGCUCAAUCAUCUUCAUCAUUCUUUCGUCAGAGUCAGAAUAUUAUUCGUGUCUUUUUGCGCAAAUCGCAUGGCAAUCCUACUACUGCUAAAGCAGUAAAUGCUGAUGCAAAUCCUCCAAAAUUUUCUACACGAUAUGUUAUGAAGGCCAUGUUAGAUUUUAUUUGGCCAAAAACUGGAAAACAAGUUAAAAUUCGUGUAUUAAUUGCAUUGUCACUUUUACUAGCAUCUAAAUUAUUGAACAUCAGUGUUCCAUUUAUGUUUAAAUAUGCGAUUGAUGAACUGAAUAAAGGUGGAGUAUUACAACUUGAUACACCAGAGUCAGCAAUUAUUUCUCUGGUUACUGCAUUGCUCAUAGGAUAUGGUGCUGCACGAGCUGGUGCUGCUCUAUUCGGUGAAUUGCGUAACGCAAUAUUCGCUAAUGUAGCUCAUCGAAGUAUUCGUGAAUUAGCAAAACGAGUUUUUUCACAUAUACAUAAUCUUGAUCUAAGUUUUCAUUUGGGAAGACAAACAGGUGCGCUAUCAAAAGCCAUAGAUCGUGGAACCAAAGGCAUAAGUUUCGUUUUAACUGCAUUGGUAUUUAAUAUUGUACCAACCAUAUUUGAAGUUGGACUUGUUAGUGGAAUUUUGUGGUAUAAAUUUGGAUUGUCAUAUGGUGCUAUUGCUUUGAGUUGUAUUGCUGGUUAUACUGCAUAUACAUUUGCUAUUACACAAUGGAGAACGAAAUUCCGUGUUCAAAUGAAUAAAGCUGAUAACGAAGCAAGCAAUCGAUCUCUUGAUUCACUCAUUAAUUUUGAAACUGUUAAGUAUUUUAAUAAUGAAGCUCAUGAAAUUGAACGAUAUGAUAAAACAUUAUCUGAAUAUGAAUCGGCAUCGAUUAAAACUCAAACCAGUUUAGCCAUGUUAAACUUUGGACAAAAUGUAAUAUUCAGUUUAGGUUUAACAGCUAUUAUGUUAUUAGCUGCUGGCGGUAUAAGUAGUGGUUCUAUGACAGUUGGUGAUUUAGUUGCUGUGAAUGGACUUGUAUUUCAAUUAUCAUUACCAUUGAAUUUUUUGGGUUCAGUUUAUCGUGAAGUUAAACAAUCCAUUGUUGAUAUGGAAACAAUGUUUCGUUUAACCAUGAUUCAAGCAGCUGUGAAAGACAAGGAGAGCGCUAUUCCAAUCAAUAUCGAUUCAGAGAAUUCAUCAAUUAUUUUCGAUAAUGUUACUUUUGGUUACGUUGAUGGACAAAAGAUUCUUGAUAAUAUUUCAUUUACUGUUCCAUCAGGACACAAAGUAGCUAUUGUUGGUGGAUCAGGUUCUGGUAAAUCGACAAUCGUUCGUCUUCUGUAUCGAUUCUAUGAUCCACAAAGCGGAAUAAUUCGUGUAAAUAACCAAAAUAUUCAACAAGUGUCACUUGAUAGUUUACGUAAAUCUAUUGGAGUUGUACCACAAGAUUCCAUUCUAUUUCAUGACGAUAUCUAUUAUAAUAUUAAUUAUGGAAAUUUAAAAGCAUGCAAAGAAGAUGUUUACGAAGCAGCGAAACUCGCUGAAGUACAUAAUGCUAUUUUACGCAUGCCAAAAAAAUAUGAAACUGUUGUUGGAGAACGUGGACUUAAAUUAUCAGGCGGUGAAAAGCAACGCAUCAGUAUUGCUCGAGCGCUUCUAAAAAAUCCAGUUAUUCUUAUUUAUGAUGAAGCUACUGCUCAUUUAGAUACAACAACUGAAUCAGCUAUUUUAAAUUCUCUUCAAAAAUUAACCAAAAAUCGGACAUCAAUUGUUAUUGCACAUCGCUUAAGUACAGUAACUGACUGUGAUAAUAUUAUUGUUUUGGACCAAGGAAAAGUUCUGGAACAAGGUACACAUGAUGAAUUGCUGACGAAGCCAAAUGGUUAUUAUGCAUCAGUUUGGAAUGCACAACGAGUACACAGAAAACUUCGUGACGAUUCAAAACAAGAUGUUAAUAUUGAUGGGAAAUAA